GCCGGUCGCGCGCAGCUGGCGCCUGAGGAACUGCGGCUGCGGUUCCGAGCGGGGUCUGGGGCUGUUACCAUUGAAUGACCAGAAAGGGUGAGGCCCCCGCGGUGGCCCGGGGGUUGGGGCCGAGGGUCGCGGGCCCUCAGAGCACUGCGGCCGCGGAGGCACAGCCUCCGCCUCCAAAUCCGGGCCUCUGGGGGCGGCAGGCCCUGCGUUCCUGGGAAGCCGGGGUUCCUAGUGGUCUUGGCUAGGAGCGGGGGUGGGGAAUCAGCCCCGUCGCUGGGCCUCGGACAGGGCGACCUCGCCCACAGUGAGCGCCGCCGGCGGCCCGCAUCCCCCUCUCCGACGUCGAGGUCAUCUCCCAAACCUUUGAAUCUGGGAAGCCUUCUCCGGCUGCCGUCUCCCCGGCUCUCGGUGCAAAUCGUUCCUGCAGAAUUGCUUCCACGUAAAGGGACCUUCGGGAAAUUUCGCUGGAUACCGGCUGGCAUUGACAAACCCAGCGUCCCUGAGCCUUGUGAGGUUUCCAGCAGGCUGAUUGCGAGGCAACAUGUCUGCUUCGGUGAAAGAAAGCCUUCAGCUUCAGCUACUGGAGAUGGAAAUGCUGUUUUCUAUGUUUCCUAACCAAGGAGAAGUAAAACUUGAAGAUGUAAAUGCCCUGACGAAUAUAAAGAGGUAUUUGGAAGGCACAAGGGAGGCGCUGCCACCAAAAAUCGAAUUUGUAAUUACGCUCCAGAUUGAAGAGCCCAAGGUGAAAAUUGAUUUGCAAGUGACCAUGCCUCACAGCUACCCCUAUGUAGCAUUGCAGCUGUUUGGACGGUCAUCUGAACUUGACAGACAUCAGCAGCUACUUCUCAACAAAGGUCUCACUUCUUACAUAGGGACUUUUGAUCCAGGUGAGCUCUGUGUAUGUGCAGCAAUCCAGUGGCUACAGGACAACAGUGCAUCUUAUUUCCUGAACAGAAAGCUUGUAUAUGAACCAUCUACACAAGCAAAGCCAGUCAAGAACACAUUCCUCCGAAUGUGGAUCUACAGUCACCAUAUAUAUCAGCAGGACCUAAGGAAAAAGAUUUUGGAUGUUGGGAAAAGGUUAGAUGUGACUGGAUUUUGCAUGACAGGAAAGCCUGGUAUAAUCUGUGUGGAGGGUUUCAAAGAGCACUGUGAGGAGUUCUGGCACACAAUUAGGUACCCCAAUUGGAAGCACAUUUCCUGUAAGCAUGCUGAAAGCUUGGAGACAGAAGGAAAUGGUGAGGACCUGCGCCUUUUCCAUUCUUUUGAAGAGUUACUCCUUGAGGCUCAUGGUGACUAUGGAUUAAGGAAUGACUAUCACAUGAAUCUGGGCCAAUUCUUAGAAUUUCUCAAGAAGCACAAAAGUGAGCAUGUUUUUCAGAUACUAUUUGGUAUUGAAAGCAAAAGUUCAGACUCAUAAAAAGCGAUUAAGAGGCCUAUGCCUGUAAUUUCACUAAGUCAGUAUUUCUGUUAAUAAGACCAAAUUAAAAAGGCUAGUGGCUGUGUAGCAUCCUCAGUGCAAAACCCAGCUCCAGAAUUUUCACCUGGUAACGAAUUUCAACUGACAGUGAAAUGAAUAGGCCUUUAAACUUUAUAACAGUGCAAUUGUGAUGUUAUCUCUAGGUUUUUGUGUGAAGUCAUUCAAAAACUAUUUCAUUGUAAAUAAUAAAAACAAUCCAUUUAACCUGUGAA